CGAAUAAUUUAGUUUCGAUUCCCCGCGCUCUAUAUUCGAACUGUCAAGUGUUGCGUUUACAGCCACCCUAGUUGAGCGCUUGACAAUCGACGCCAUUUUCCAAUUUGCCAUUUUUAUAAACAAAGUGCUUGUAGACGGAUGCCGUGUCGCCGAGUCGUCCGUGUUAUUUCGCUCCAUUGAUGACCAUGUUCAACGCUGAUGUCUGGAAAUUGUGGGAAAGAAGCGGCAAAUCCGAGUUCUUGAAGCAAUGCAAGGCACUACUGAAGGACGAUCUACAGAGCCCACUGUUUGGGAAGAACGAGCGUACGAAAGGUAUCUCCCGUGCAAUCUACGAACUCAUCUCGAGAGGCAUCCAUGGUCAGCUGAAAAAGGAUAGCGUACUACAGAUACUCGGAGAGCUAGUGAGCCUCCACAAUGACGUUCCUUCCAUACUGCUGGAUGUGUUCGGGAUCUUUGAUGCGGAAACAGCUGGCACAGGUGGGGAUGCACCACCGAGCGAGGAACGCUCCCUGUUUUGCUACAUCGUGAAGGAAACGGAACGGUUUUUAUCGGAAAAGUUACUGAAGGAACGGUUAGAGAUCGAUACGCUGCAGGAUGUGGGCACAAUCAAGAAUCGUAGUUUUUACACACGGUUCAUCAAAGUGAAGACAAAGCUCUAUUACAAACAACGUCGGUUCAAUCUAUUCCGCGAGGAGAGUGAAGGUUAUGCAAAACUAAUUACGGAACUAAAUCAGGAAUUCAACCAGGACACGGUGACCGUACAGAAUGUGCUGGAAAUUAUCAAAUCGUUGAUCGGGUGCUUCAAUCUCGACCCGAACCGGGUACUCGAUAUUAUACUGGAAUCGUUCGAAGCGCGCCCGGAACAGGAUCGAAUUUUCAUACCAUUGUUGCAGGCCUACAUCAACGAUGGGAACAUUAUCUGCGAGGUGCUCGGAUACAAGUACCGGUACUUUGCCGACGUACAGACACCGGUUUCACUGUUUAAAGUGACCGCACUGCUGCUGCAACACCGCGUUAUCAAACUGGAGGAUAUUUACGCGUGGUUAAAUCCACCCGACAAGACGAUUGUAGCAGAUUGGGAUGCAGAAAUGGCCCAGGCGAAGGAAUACGUGCGCAAGCUUAACGUGAUUCUUACCAACAAGGACAAGGAACCGGAACAGGAGCCCGAAUUCGAAACGGCACCGGAAAAGUAUGCGCUCAACCAAAAGUGGGGUCUCUGCGAGGCAAUGCUAAUGAUUGGCGAUUGGAACACCGCACAGCAGUUGAUACGGAAACUUCCGGAACAAUCGGUCAUGGUGCAUGAACCGAUCGCGCAAGCACUGUGCCGACUGUUGCACAUGAUCAUCGAACCGGUUUAUCGGUUAAAGUGUGCACUGCCGGCCAACAUAAAGGGGCGCGCCAUUUCGACGUUCGGUGUGCUGAACAAGCUCGCCCCUUCACCGGUAACUACGCUGACGAAGCUUCGCCUGCAUGCAUUCCCCAUGUUUACCGCACUCGGACCAUCGCUGCACUACGAUUCGGUGCUGCUGUACAAGCUGCUGCGUCUGAUGCGCGUCAUACUGACCGACAUGAACGUGGAUCCGCUGAAUCCACCGACACCGGGCAGUGUAUUGACGGAGCACGAGCAACUGUACUACGACAUUCUGUCGCUGCUCGAUUCGUCCGUGCUGCCUGCAUUGGCUUACAUGGAUUGCAACUGUUGCGUGGCGGAAGAAAUUUGGUCCAUCGUGAAGCUCUAUCCGUACCAGUAUCGGUACAGUUUGUAUGCGCGGUGGAAGAACGAUACGUUUCAGCUGCAGCCACAGUUGAUCUACCGACGCGGUACGGCCCAGAAACAAAUCAAAGCGCUUAUGAAACGGGUUAGCAAGGAAAACAGUAAACCGGUGGGUAGGCUGAUUGGCAAAUUAAGCCACUGUUCGCCUGGAUUUCUGUUUGAAUACAUUCUACUGCAAAUACAGAUCUAUGACAAUCUGAUCGCACCGGUCGUCGAUUCGUUGAAAUAUCUCACAUCGCUUUCGUACGAUGUGCUCGGGUACUGUCUUAUCGAGGCGCUCGAGCAGGUCGAUCGGAACCCGAUGCAAAACGACGGUACCAGCAUCUCGCUGUGGUUGCAAAGUUUGGCCAACUUCUGCGGUGCCAUCUACAAGAAGUACAACAUCGAGCUGAGCGGACUGCUGCAGUACGUGGCGAACCAGCUGAAAUCGCACAAGAGUCUCGAUUUGCUUAUACUGAAGGAGGUGGUACAGAAGAUGGCCGGCAUCGAGGCGGCGGAAGAGAUGACGAACGAGCAGCUGCAAGCAAUGUGCGGUGGCGAGCUGCUGCGCGGUGAGGCAGGCUACUUCAGCCAGGUGCGCAACACGAAGAAAUCUUCGCAGCGCCUGAAGGAAGCGCUUGCCAGCAACGAUCUGGCGGUGGCCCUUUGUUUGCUGAUAGCGCAACAGAAACAUUGCGUUAUUUAUCGCGAGACGGCCCAAAGCCAUCUGAAGCUGGUGGGCAAACUGUACGAUCAGUGCCAGGACACACUGGUACAGUUCGGCACGUUCCUGGGGUCAACGUAUUCGGUAGAGGAGUACGUCGAACGGUUACCGACCAUACACAACAUGCUGCAGAAGUAUCACAUACACUCGGAUGUGGCAUUUUUCCUUGCGCGUCCAAUGUUCUCCCAUGCGAUUAAUCAAAAAUACGACCAACUGCGUAAAGCGGAACCAAACGGUAAAAAGCUAUCAACCUCGCAAAAGAUGGCCAAAUAUCUUGAAGCAACGGCACAGGUCAUGAAUCCGGUGAUUGAAUCCGUACGCCCGCUCCAUCCGCCGAAGAUUUGGGAAGACAUUAGUCCACAGUUCCUGGUCAGCUUUUGGUCGCUGUCGAUGUACGAUUUGCAAGUACCGAUGGAAAGUUACCAGCGAGAAAUUAGCAAACUAAAGCAACUCUCCAUGGCCGUAAUGGAAUCGAAGGAGCAGAACGCAUCGAAGAACAAGAAGGAACAGGAGCGGUAUGUCGCACUGAUGGAUAAGCUGCAGGACGAGCGAAAGAAGCAACAGGAGCACGUGGAUAAAAUUAUGCAUCGGUUGACCAAUGAGAAAGACUAUUGGUUCCUUUCGCGGUCGGCUAAAUCGGCGAAAAAUGAAACGAUCACACAGUUCCUGCAGCUGUGCCUGUUUCCGCGGUGCACGUUUACCGCACUGGAUGCGAUCUACUGUGCGAAGUUUGUCCACACCAUCCACAAUCUGAAAACGGCCAACUUUUCUACCCUGCUUUGUUACGAUCGGAUAUUCUGCGACAUAACGUACUCGGUCACGUCGUGCACCGAGAACGAAGCGACUCGCUACGGGCGGUUCCUUUGCGCGAUGCUGGAAACGGUCAUGCGUUGGCAUUCGGAUGAGGCAACGUUUAACAAGGAGUGUGCCAACUAUCCCGGCUUUGUGACCAAGUUUCGCGUCAGCAACCAGUACUCGGAGGCAAUCGAUCAUGUGAACUACGAAAACUAUCGACACGUGUGCCACAAAUGGCAUUACAAAAUCACCAAAGCGAUGGUGUUCUGCCUGGACUCGAAGGAUUACAUGCAGAUCCGCAAUUCGCUUAUCAUUCUGAUGCGCAUUCUGCCACACUUUCCGGUGCUGACCAAGCUGUCGCAAAUUCUCGAGAAGAAGGUAGAGAAGGUAAGGGAGGAGGAGAAGAACCAGCGGCAGGAUCUGUUCGUACUCGCCUCUAGCUACAUCGGUCAGCUGAAGGCGAAAGCGGGCCAGAUGAUGCUGGAAUCCGAUUUCCAUCAAGUGCCGGAGAAGACGUUCAAAUCGACCGCUUCGACUGCAGCGACAGCAACAACAGCAGUCGAUCAGCAGCAGCAGGGUAUGAAGUCCUCGCUCAAUGGUAAUGAUAUGAAAGGUGGACAGAAUACGAGACAGAUAGCUGGAGCAGAAACCAGCAGUUCAGGAUCAUCGAUAGGCAAUGGUACAAUCGCAGCAGGUGGAAACUCAUUAUCGUCUUCAUCCAGUUCCGUUGGUGCGACCGCGAAUGGUGGUAGCAUCGGUAGUGUUGGUAGCGAUCAUCAUCGCGGUAUCGACAUGAUAAAGAAGGAACCAUCGUCCGCAGCAUCUUCCGUAUCGCGGGAUAACAUAGGGUCCUCUUCGGUCAAUCGGGAAUCAUCGCUUUCGUUGGUACGUGAAAAGUCCUCAAAAGAGAUCAAGCGGGAAGAACGUGCACGGGAAAAGGAACGAGAGCGUGAGGAAGCGGCCGCUGCCAUUGCAGCACUUACUACGGAUCGUAAGCGUGAGAAGGAGAAGCGAAGGGAUAAGCGAGAUCAUUACGAUCACGAACGGGAAUCGAGAACCAGUGAAAGGGACCUAGCACCAAGGGAUCGCAGCGAACGGGAUUUAAGCUCGGUGUCCAAUUCCAGCAACGAACAGCAGCACAGCAGCAGUACACGACGUAGCCAGGAUCCACCAGAGCACGAUAGAGAGAUGAAGCGCCGCAAGCUGGAAGGUUCUAGCUCCUCGAAGAGCAAGCACGAUGACGGUGUCAGCAGCUCGAAUCAGCAGCUCUUGUCCGAAUCGAAAAAGGAGCGCAGCAGCAAAACGAAGGAUAAGCGCGACAAGACUGACGAAGAGAAGGAACUACGCAAGGAGCGUAAGCUGGGCCGGAAACGGCAGGAACGCAAUCCGGAGGAAUCACUGCUUACAGAUAAACGGUUACGCCGGGAAGAGGAAAAGGCAAACAAGUUGCUAUCACACCAGAACGGCGAUAACGACGGUGAUCUUCCGCCCAUGUCCGUAUCAUCGUCGCACCGGGAAAAGCACCAUCAUCAUCAUUUGAAGGAAAAGUCACCCUCAUACCAUCCCGGCAGCGGCGGCGGUGGUAGUGGGGGUGGUGGUGGCGGCGGCGGAGGUGGUAGUGUACUGCGGGAUCACCGUGAACGAUCACACGAUCGAGGAUUAGAUCGGGGUGAGAAGCAGUACUUUACGAAGACUUCCCGCACUCGUUCAGGCUACUAGAGCUAGAGCAGUUUGAAUUAAUGUAAUGUAAAGAAGACACACACACGAAAGUAAAACAAAGAACACUCUCUCGCAUUGCAAGCGGGAAGAGUGUUAGCAUAGGGGAGAAUGAGGGAAAAAAGAAUUUUAAUUAAUAAAAAAAAACUCAUUUAGGUACUGAUUCUCCAGUUACAGUUAUGGUUUGAAUUUGAUUGGCAAACUCACUCCAGCGCCCCUACAUUCUGGUAUGGCAAAUUUAGUGCUGUAAAAAAUAACUAAAUGGUUUGGAAAGGACGCUUAACCAUUUAUCGUUUUGCAUUCGGAGUUCCUGUUCUAGCUCUGCUGGUGUAGUUCAACACGACUAACGAACACAAGUUGAAUUAUGGCAUGUCCGAGUGCUGCAUGGAAGCAAACAUAUUACACUGGAUUCUUCGUGGUGAGCGAUGUUGCGGACAUAGAAAUUAACUAGAUAGCGGAACGUAAAAAUCAACACUGACCAGCAGAGUGACCGGAUCUGGACCUUCGCUAAGCUCUGCGUAUUUUAAUUGAUCUUCAACGAUGAACCGCAACCACGUGGAAGGAUCGUACGUUAGCUGUUCAGGGAAGGGGCUAUUAGUAAAAGUAAAACAAAAGGUUCAAUUUUACCUCUGUUGUGUGACGCGAGCAUGCCCG